AUGAGAGAGACUUCAGAAAAAGAGAAUCUCCAGGUUACUGAAGCCUUCAAGGUGGGCGAGGCAUCGUACUUCGAAGAGGAGCUUGCUGCGGCUCAUAUCAAUUUGGAAGAUGAUGAGCAGGGACAGUUUGCCCUCACAGUCAGGAUGUGGGUUAUCGGUGUUGUUUUCUCUAUUAUCGGAUGCGGAUUGAACACCAUAUUCGAGCUACGCAGCCCAUCGAUUAGCAUUGCCAAGUCAACAGCCCAGCUACUGGCGUUCCCAAUCGCCCGUCUGUGGGAUAAAUGGGUUCCAGACUACGAAGUCAAGUUAUGGAGGUGGAAGUUUUCCCUCAACCCACAUCCAUUCAACAAAAAGGAACACACCCUUAUAUUCAUCAUGGCCAAUAUUAGCUUCUAUACAAGAAUGACUGUUGAUCUUCUUAUAGAGCAAAAGAAGUUUUUUGCAAGGGAUACCCCCUGGGGCUUUGAGAUAAUGAUGAUUCUGGCCCUAUACUUGAUUGGAUUCGCUUUCUCUGGGCUUACAAGAUCAAGCCUUAUCGAGCCUAAAAGCAUCGUUUGGCCUGGGUUGCUGAGUACGACCGCGUUGACCGGAGUUUUGCAUAGUCAUCGAGGGCCUGAAAUAUCAGGAACCUGGAAGCUCUCCGGCUUUGCUUUCUUCUGCAUUGUCUUUUCCAUAUCCUUCUGUUGGUAUUGGCUCCCUGACUUUUUAUUCCCAGCCUUGAGCUACUUCAACUUUCCUUGCUGGAUAAACCCGACCAAUCGCGUGGUGAACCAGGUUUUCGGGGUCUCUUCCGGCAUGGGUCUCUUACCCAUCACGUUUGACUGGAGCCAGGUUGCCUACGUCACUUCUCCCCUUCUCGUUCCACCCUGGGCCAUCGCAAAUGUGGCUGUUGGCCUGGUGUUUUGGAUAUAUAUUGUUGCCACUGCCUGUUACUACAUGAAUGCUUUGAAUACCGGCUAUCUGCCUUUUCAAAGUUCUGAGAUCUUUGAUAAAACUGGGAGCGUCUAUAAUGUUUCGAGGAUUCUGGGUGAACGUUCUGGUUUCCAACUGGACGUUGCGAAAUAUGAAAAUUAUUCCCCGGUAAGGUGUCUUUCAAGCUUACCCCCGAUCGGCAUCUAUAUGCCCAUUACGUACGCUCUCAAUACCGCGUUGUCUAUCGCCACAUUAGGGUCGCUCAUCGUCUGGGUUUCUCUUGAGCACGGGAGCGUUGUCUUGACGGCGAUGAGAAAGCCUUGGGAUGCAGUGCAAACCUUGAUUUCGCCAAAGAAAAGCCAGAAGGUACAUGAAGCCAGCGACGAUGUAGCAAUGUGGUGGUAUGUUAUUUCCCUUGCCUUGGGAUUGUUCUUGUCUAUCUUUGCAAUCGAAUUUUGGGACUUCGACUUGCGGUGGUAUGGUGUAUUGUUCUCGGUUUUUAUUGGCGCCAUCUUCUUUUAUCCGGUCACGCUCAUCUAUGCCACUGCGAACCUGAAGGUGGGCGUGGAAAUCUUCAGCCGAAUCAUCGGUGGGUUCUUGUGGAGUGGUAAGCCACUUGCGAACAAUUGGUUCGUUGGGCUGGGAUAUACGACUAUCCUCAAUGGCCUCUCGUUCUCUCAGGACAUGAAGUUGUGCUCUUACUAUCAUAUCUCACCUGGAUCAGUCUUCAUCGCCCAAUGUGUAGGCAUUAUCAUUGGAACAAUUGGCCAGGUCUCUGUCAUGAAUUGGGCUUUGGGGCAUAUCCAGGGAAUAUGCACCACCGACGCGAUCAAUGGCUUCUCAUGCCCGUUUGCACGGACUGAUUUCAACACCAGUAUCAUUUGGGGAGCUAUAGGCCCUCGUCGGUUUUUCUCCGCCGAAUCCGGGUACAGAAACCUCUUCCUACUCCUGAUUUUGGGCGGCGUUCUUCCUGUGAUCGUGUUUUUCUUGAGAAAGCGCUAUCCGACCUCAGUGUGGAAAUUUGUGAAUGUGCCGUUGUUUCUUGGGGGUCUCAACUAUAUCCCUCCCGCGACUGGUAUGAACUACGGCAGUUGGGCUAUUGUUGGUAUCUUUUUCGGGUUCUACAUCCGAACAAACUACAACUCUUGGUGGCGCAGCUACAACUACGUCCUUGGCAGUGCUUUGGACUCCUCUGUUUCCCUGGCCGGCCUUGUCAUCUUCUUCACUGUCUACUACACGGGGGCGUCGGACAAGUUCAGCUGGUGGGGAACGACAGUUUACAAGAAUACUUGUGACUACCAAGGGUGUCCAAAUCUAUCGCUCUCCGCUAAUGAGACUAUUUAA